AUGCCAAAAGUAACCGCUGAUGCUCUCCCCGUGUCCGGGAUGUUCGGGGUGGUCAAGCCUUCCGGACCGACGAGUAUGAAGGUCCUAGACGAUAUCAAGCCUUUGCUAUAUGGCUCUAAGCUCUUCGUGGACGAAAAGAAGCUUGCUUCCGCUGGAAAGGAUGCCGGUAAAGGGAAAAGCAAGAAGCGUGGCAAAUGGAGGAAGAUGAACAGCGACUUGAAGAUUGGCCAAGGAGGGACGCUUGACCCAUUAGCGGACGGUGUUCUAGUUGUUGCCGUCGGGAAAGCCACGAAGCGGCUGAAUGACUUUCUCGACUGUCCCAAAGAAUACAUCACGACUUGUCUUCUCGGUUGCGAGACGGACUCGUACGAUAGCGAGGGCUCGCGCGUUAGGUCUGCGCCGUGGCGGCAUGUCACGCGCGAGAUGGUUGAGCAAGCCUUGGACCAGUUCCGAGGUAACAUCGAACAGACUCCACCACUAUUCUCCGCUCUCAAGAUGGAUGGCAAGCCGUUGUACGAGUAUGCCCGCAAGGGUAUACCUCUCCCGAGGCCGAUCGACAAGCGACCGGUGACGAUUCACGAGCUCGAGCUUGUUGAAUGGAAGGGCAGCGAGCACGAAUAUCGUUGGCCCGAGAAAGUCUUCACGCAAGAAGAGAGAGAUCAUCUCGCAAAGAUGCUCUCCACUGUACCGGACAAGGCGUCUGUUGAGGAUGAGCCGGAGCAGGACACGGACACGCAGUCUGUUCCGUCUGCCUUCGUGCUCCGCAUGCGCGUUUCUGGCGGAACUUAUGUCCGUUCGGUCAUCCACGAUCUCGCACACGCGGUGGGAUCAGCAGGCCACGUCGUGACGCUUCAGCGUUCUCGACAGAAAAGCUUUGCUCUUCAGCCUACUGAUGAGGGAGAUUAUGCGUGUGUACCGUGGGAAGUGUUCGUAAAGGCGAUCGAGGAUGUGGGCGAACGCGGGGAAGAUGGCAUAAAGCGCUUCUUCACGUCGGAUGCUGUUCGUACUCUAUUGCCAAUACAAAGUUUGUAA